AUGAUGAAAGGGGGAAGAGAAGGAAAUUUGGAGGAGUCAAGGGUUCUAGCUACGGCGCGGUAUAACUGUUUAAAAACUAAGCGAGAAGAGAUCGAUAGGUUCCUGAAGGAUCAUGCUAAUGAGGAUCUCGGAAACUACAUCAGCGAACUAAGAUGUUUCGCGCGCUCGAAUGGAGGGCUCGUACUCGACGAGUACCGUGCCAAAAUAUGGCCAGUACUGGCCCGACGACUUGUACAGUCUGAUGAAGACGAAGAUAUUGAUUAUGAUUCAAUUUCAUCUGUUUCUGAUUCCAUUUCGGUGAAGUCAUCGUCGACUCAAGACACAACU